CAGCAGCGCCUGUUGUUCUGUGAUGCAUGCGAGCGUCUUUUGGGCACCGUAGUGUGCAGAGCUCCUCCCGCCGGCCCUUGGUCAGAAAGUAUACUUUGGGUGAGAAGAGGAGGGCAAUACUGUACGCGGGGAGAAAUUGAAAGAAGAGAAACUUGCAGUUCGAGUGCGUGAGACAAACAGCCCUUUGGUUGGCAAAACGCGCUGAGGAAGCGGUUCCAGGCGCUGCAGUUGGGAAGAAAGUCUUUGGGGGCAUGUUUCUGCUGCAACUAUGUAUAUCAAGCAGGUGAUUAUCGAAGGUUUUAAAAGCUACAAAGAGCAGGUCGCAGCCGAACCGUUCAGUCCAAAACACAACUGUGUCGUUGGAGCAAAUGGGUCUGGGAAGAGCAACUUCUUUCAUGCGAUUCGUUUUGUCCUCAGUGACAUGUCUACACCCUUGAGGGCUGAGGAGAGGCAAGCUAUCCUGCAUGAAGGGGCAGGCAACCAGGUCAUGUCGGCAUUUGUGGAGAUUGUCUUUGACAACUCUGAUAACCGGCUGCCGGUUGACCGCGACGAGGUCCGGCUUCGCAGAACCAUCGGCUUGAAGAAGGAUGAGUACUUUCUGGACAAGAAGCACAUUACGAAGGCGGAGGUGUCGAACCUGCUGGAGAGUGCGGGGUUCUCCCGUUCAAACCCGUACUACGUGGUACAACAGGGGAAGAUUACUUCGUUGACAACAAUGAAGGACACAGAGAGGCUGGAGCUCUUGAAAGAGAUUGGUGGCACAAAGGUCUAUGAGGAGCGCAGGAAGGAGAGCUUGAAGAUCAUGGAGGACUCAAAGAGCCGCCGCAACCAGAUACUCGAAGUCGUGGCAUACAUUGAGGAGCGACUGAAGGAACUAGAUGAGGAGAAAGAGGAGCUUCAAAAGUACCAGAAGCUGGACAAGGAGCGCCGCACGCUGGAGUACACCAUCUUCGAGAAGGAGCUCGCGGACGCUGAGGAUAAGCUGAAACAUGUUGAGCACGAGCGAGCCGAAGCGGUCAAGAAGUCGAGCACGAUCCAUAACAAGGUUGAGGAGACACGUGAGCAGCUCAAGGAGAAGGAGAAGGAGCUGAAGGCUCUCAGCAAACAGCUGGAUGCGCUAUCAAAGGAGAAGGCCGCCGUGGAGCGGCAGAAAGACGAGGCCAUCCAAAACGGUGCGAAGGUCGAGAUCGACGUCAGAGAAGCCAAGGCGACGAUCGACCGGGAGAAGGAAGAGAAAGUUUCUAUUGAGCGAGAGCUGCAAGGCCUGGGUUCGGCGGUUGACAAGGCAAAGAAGGAGCUGCUGAAGGUUGAGCCUUUGCACGAGGAGUGGAAGCAGAAGGAACAGGAGACGAACAAGGGGAUUGCGGAACGGGAACGGCGGCUCGCCAUCCUGUACCAGAAGCAGGGGCGGUCCACACAGUUUGCCAGCCAGGGGGAGCGUGACAAGGCCCUUCAAAAGGAGGUGUCCGACCUGCAGACGACCAUUGAGCAGAAGAGAAAGCAGAUGUCCAAGCUGGAGAAGGAAGUAGCAGCCCUCCAGAAGCUAGUCUUCGAGCAGUCUGACGCAAGCGGAGCGAGCUCGUCGACCAUUGGGGAGCGGGAGGGGGAGAUCAAGAAGCUCAACGCGGACCAUGCCAAAUUGCAUGAGGAGCGGAACGGCCUGCAGAAUCAGCGGAAAGAGCUCUGGCGGAGAGACAACGAGAUCAAGUCGGAACUGGACAAGCUGAAGCAGGAGGUCGAGAGAAGCAGUCAGAGACUAGAUAGCUCCACAGCUCGGGACCUGCAGCGGGGAAUCCAGAACGUGAAGAGGAUUGUGUCGGACCACCACAUCUCGGGCGUGCACGGCACCUUGCUGGAGAACAUUGAGUGCGACGACAAGUUCAAUACGGCCGUCGAAGUCGCAGCUGGCAACAGCUUGAUGCACGUGAUCGUGGAUAACGACGAGAUUGCCACCGAGAUCGUGGCACGGCUAAACCGCGAGAAAGGCGGGCGGGUCACCUUCAUGCCGCUGAGCCGUCUGCGCAACCAGAGGGUGGACUAUCCCAACAGCCCUGACGUCGUGCCAAUCAUGGAGAAGAUCAACUACAAGCCCAUGUUCAGAAACGCCUUCGCCCAGGUCUUCUCCAAGACGGCCAUCUGCCGCGACAUUGAGGUCGCCACCAAGACGGCGCGCGAGCACAACCUGGACUGCGUCACGCUGGAGGGCGACCAAGUGAACAAGAAGGGCGCGAUGACCGGGGGCUACCACGACACGCGCUUCUCGCGGCUCAAGCUGAUCAAGGGCAUCCGCAACGCCAUGGAGAAGAGCCAGGCGCUGCAGGCGGAGCUCAAGACCGUCACGGCGUCAAUUCAAAGCGUCGACCAGAAGAUCACGGUCAUCAUGGGCGAGAUGCAGAAGCUGGAGGCGCAGCGCUCGUUUGUGCGCGAGCGCCUCGAGCAGGCGCGGCAGGACCUGCGGGCCGCCAGCCAGGUCGACCAGACGAAUAAAGCUGGGCUCGAAAAGAAGGAGCGUGCGCUCGUCAGCAUGCGCGACAGCCUGGCGCAGCUGGAGCAGAGCGUGGCGGCGCUGGAGGCGGAGAUUGGGAGCGAGCUGCUGGGUCAGCUGAGCCGAGACGAGACGGCGGAGCUGCAGGCGUUGAAUCCGGAAGUGACGGAACUCAAGCAGCAGCUGGUGGAAAUCCGCCGGAAACGGAUGGAGUACGAGGCGCGGCGGAGCGAGCUCGAGAGCAUACUCACGACGAACCUGGGCAAACGGCAGGAAGAGCUGCAAGCGAGCCUGGCCGCGAUCAACACGGAGUCGAGCGCCGACGAGCUGGCGGCCAAGACGCGGGACCUGCAGACGAUCCAAGCCGCGAUCCGAGAGGUGUCGCAGCACCAAGCGGAGAUUGCGAGUGAGGUUGCGUCGGUGUCCGCCUCCGUGCGGCAGCUCAAGGCGUCGCACGAGGACCUGCGGAGCGCGCUGGAAGAAGACGACCGCGCCAUUCAGGACGAGGGCAAGGAGCUCGAGGCGCUGCGCAACAAGCGCAACCUGUUCCAGACGCAGCGCGAGAACCUGAGCAAGAAGAUCCGGGACCUCGGGUCGCUCCCCCAGGAGGCUUACCAGCACAAGUACGAAAAGACGAGCGCGAAGAAGCUGCACAAGCUGCUCAAGGACAAGAACGAGGAGCUCAAGAAGCUGAGCCACGUGAACAAGAAGGCGCUCGACCAGUACGUCAACUUCACCGAGCAGCGAGAGGAGCUGCGCAGGCGGCAGGACGAACUAGACAAGGGCGACGAGAAAAUCCGCGACCUGAUCGACGUCCUGGACGCCCGAAAGGACGAGGCGAUCGAGCUGACGUUCAAGGGCGUCGCGAAGAAUUUCAAGGAGGCCUUUGCGGAGCUGGUGCCGGGCGGGAGCGCGUCGCUCGUCAUGCAAAAGAAGCGGCGAAAGACGGACGAGGCAGACGCAGAGGACGGCGACGGUGAGGAGGACGAGGCGACGAACACGGCGGAGAAGUAUGUGGGCGUGCGAGUCAAGGUCUCCUUCAGCGGUCACGGCGAAACGCAGUCCAUGAAGCAGCUCUCCGGCGGCCAGAAGACGGUCGUCGCGCUUGCGCUGAUCUUCGCCAUCCAACGGUGCGACCCUGCCCCUUUCUAUCUGUUCGACGAGAUCGACGCUGCGCUCGACCCCCAGUAUCGGACGGCCGUCGGCGAAAUGGUCCGGAAACAGACGGAAGCCGAUCCGCCGACGCAAUUCAUCACGACCACGUUCCGGCCGGAGCUUGUAAAGGUGGCGGAUAAAGUGUACGGGGUCUCGCACAAGAACCGUGUCAGUGUGGUCAAUGUUAUCAACCAGGAGAAGGCUUUGCAGUUCAUCGAGCAGGAUUUGGUAGCACAACGAGCGUAGGAUAUAUGGAUUGGGCCGUUUCCGAAAAACACAUAAUAUGAGUCUACAAGCAGCAGUCGUCGCUGAAUUUACUAAUCAAUGCGCUGUAGUACAAGUGAAUUCAACUUCAGCAGUGUACAGAUUUGGACUCAUCCGUUCAGCAAUGUGUACGUAAAGGUCACAUGAAGCUUAUCGGUCCCACUCAGUAUGCG